AGUAAUUUAAAUUUCAGUUUAGAAGAAUAAAUCAUAAAAGAGACAGCUAGUGAUACCAUUGUGGAAAGACAAACAAACCAUGCUCUUCCCUGGUUGUAUGGGUCAGGGAACAGAGCAUUAGAACAAGGAAGUAACCAGUAUUUUACAUAAGAAUAUCAGCAUCGCAGCAGACUCAGCGAGCUAGUGAACUCAUGGAUCCUGUAAUAGAUGAUUUGAUUUUUGAAAGCUUUCUGGAAAAAAGAAAAGACACAAGGAAAUCUAUAUGGGCCAAGUACUGGUUCAGGCUCCAGAAUACAACAUUAUAUUUCUACACCAAACAAGAAGCCAAUCUUUCAUGUCUUCGAGGUCAAUAUUACAUAUACUUGGUACAGUCUGUAAGAGUUGUAGCCUGUAUUGAUGAUAAGAAGUUCAAUUUUGAAAUUACUAUGCAAAAUGGAAAAAAGAAGGUUUUGUCUGCAGAUUCUGUGGCACUGCGUGAUGUCUGGGUAAAAAUACUAUGGAAAGCAAUGCAGUUACCAGGACCAGGAAGAAAGAAUUCCUCUUGUACAUGGUUUGACAUCCCUGAUCUGGUGAACACGGUUCAAGCAAACUCAAAGAAUGGUUUAUAUAAAGGAGUAUGCAAGCAAUACAACAAGGAAGCAAAAACCUUUGAAUCAGCCUCAGAACUCACAGAUCAGCAUAUUGCUGAAAACAUUUAUGAUGUGCCCAGGAGGCCCUGUCUGCUCUGUCCUCAACAAGAACAAGGCUUUCAAGUAAUUGACGGCAGCAAUUUCAAUGUAUACGAUAUCUGCAAUCUACAAGAAAAACAAUACUAAUAUGGCAGUAACAAGAGGAGCCCUUGAUCUGCCUAAAAUAAUCAGAGAAUUCAGUCUGUUAUUUGGACCAGGAUUUGUGAAGUUUAUUAUGUCUUCUGAUCAUUGUCUGGCCAAGUGUUACUGCUCCUGUUUCUUCAUCUGUCAAGUUUCUGAAAUGACAAAAGAAAAUGGUUGAUGAACUGUGGUCACUUCAAUAAAAGAUACCAAGAGAGUGAAGCUAAUUUGAUAAUAGAAGUAAAUUGGAAAGAUGUUUAAAAGGACAUGCCCUAUCUGAACGAUGAAAGAAAAAUUUAGGGUUUCAUGUCCCUUGAAAUUUACCCUACUCUAGAAAGAAUGCGCACAAUUGUAAAAUACUUUCUGCUAUAAUUCAUAGGGAAUCCCAUAUGUAAGGAAAUAUGUCCCUGAAUCCCCUAUUCUGAUAUUUAGACAUCAUCAAACCUGAAAAAGAAACAGGACCAGAUACAGCCACUCCUUGAACAGGAGAAUAUUUUGAAUGGCACCAAGCACUACAAUGAAAUGUUGUCAACGCAGCAAGUCAACAACUACAAAUCAUACAUUUUCUAAUGGUCAUACUCCUGUAUAUCUGCAAAUAUGGUAAACAUAUACAACAUGUGAUAUGUCAUGUUAUUUUGGGGAAAUUAACCAAUAAAUGCAACUAUGAAUGAACCUGCACAGAUACUUCCAUCAUAAAUGACAGUGAAACUAAAUAUUGCACUCUUUUUGGUGACCAUUUCACCCAGACUGACCACUAUAAACUACAAGAUCAGGAGGUAGUUUCAAUGUCACCCUUUAAAGAAAAACAAAUGUUAAAAUGUUAAUACAUUCAACACUUUAUAUCGUGGACUAAAUGCUGAUUCUAGUUUCUUGACACUUUACCAAAAUGUUAUGUAAUAUGACACUCAACUGUUUCAUUGUGCUUAAAGAGACAUUAAACUGUUGUGUACAAUAGCGAA